UUCGCGAAAAAGAGAGCCCUUUUGGGCCACUCUCACGGUCUCACCAGCUUCACAUUUCAAAACACGGCCUUUCAACCAAGAGACCAUGUCUUGGUUGAUCUGUCUAUAUAUGUCAUCCCACCUCUCUCCUCCAAUCCCCCAAUUCCAAGCUUGUUCUACAUUAAUUGCAAACUUUUGCGACUACAUGGCCUGUGAGGUUUUGCGCACCAAGGGGAUGGCUGAGGAGAGGUCGGCGACGGGGAAGGCCGGGCUGAUCACCAAGGCACUGGACCAGUGCUGGAGUACGACGGCAAGGAACAGCAAGCCAGCGGAGGGCUGCUUCUCAGUGUACGUCGGCAUGGGCAGGCAGCGGUUCAUUGUGAGGACGGAGUGUGUGAACCACCCGUUGUUCCGGGUGCUUCUGGCGGAGGCCGAGGAGAUGUUUGGUUACGCAGCCACAGGGCCCCUUGAGCUGCCCUGCAACUCUGAGGCGUUCGCCGGGGUGCUGGAGCAGAUCGAGGAGGAGAUGCAGAUGGCGGCGGGGAGGAGGAGGUACGGCCUCCCCAGGGGGAACUCCUACCGGCUGCUCAGCACCGGUUAGACUGUCAUCAUCAGCCGAUCGUAGCAGUACACUGGAUUGGCAUUGAAUGAUGCCGAGUUGAUGAGCUCCGAGUUUCUGCUGAGCUCGCAUUUUCAGACUAUCAUGUACACAUUUUGAAGCAGCCUUAGCAUUCCCAAGUAUGAUAAACAACAUCAUCAUAUACUGGACAAUGUUAGAUAUAUUUAUUUCUUCUUCCUUUUUCCAUUUUUGUGAGAAAGCCAAUGUUAGCUGUUCAUGUGUGUUCACCUUAUAAGUUGUAGUAACUGUCGGUGAAAGUGUUAUACGGAUACAUGAUAUGAUUUUUCAAUUUGCGAUAUCUAUAUAUGCCAUAAUGGAAUAAUUCCAAAGUAGAACCGCACACU